AUGUCGUUCCGAGGCAACACACGGGGACGCGGACGCGGACGCGGUGGAUCCAGCGGGUUCGGCGCCCGUCAGCCCAAGCUUCCUGCAGCGCUCAUGGCCGAGGUCGAGUCCAGCUACGGCGCUCCCCGUAACCUCGGUGGAGCUCGCGGACGCAAGGACGCCCGCAAGGCCGCACGCAAGGGUCCCUCCCCGCAGGAGAGGCAGCAGCACCGCCAACAGCGCGACGACGAGGACAGCAAGCCAGCGCUCUCGGCCAAGGCGGCCGGCAAGCGUCGUGCCUCCCCCGAGCUCGAGGCCGACAACGACGACCAGCCCGAGCCGGCACGCAAGAAGGCUAAGGCUGCCAAGGAGGACAAGCCGAAGAAGCUCGAGUCCAAGGCCCAAAAGGCCAAGAAGGAGCGCUUCAAGGAGCUCGUCCUCCCACAGGACGACGUGGACGUUGAGGACCGCGAGAUUGCUUGGCUCGAGUACAUGCUCGCCAACGAGAAGAAGGGCGAGGAUGACAUGGAGGAUGACCUUGAUGACCUGCUCAACUUUGCCGGCAAGCUCGGUCCCGGUGGCAAGGGUAUCAGCCGCGGCGACGUGAGCGACGACGACGACAUGGACAGCGACAUGGACGGGGAGGAGUUUGCAGGGUUCGACGACGACCUGAGCGACGAUGAGGAAAUCGACCUCAGCGAAGGCGACGAAGAGGAGGACGAAGAUGAAGAGGAGGACGAGGAGGAAGAGGGAAGUGACGAUGGCGAGGAGGUCGACGCCGACGAGGACCAGGUCGACCUCUCCGAGGACGAGGAGGACGACAAGCCAUCUGCUUUCCCCGCCGAGGAUGAGACGCCUUCCGCCGAGGCCGCUGCCCCCUCAACCACUGGCCGGUACCUCCCUCCCCACAUGCGCGCAGCCGCACUCGCCGAGAAGGCGGCGGGUGACAGUGCUCGCGUCCAGGAGCGCGCCAAGCUCGAGCGCAAGGCCCAGGGUCUUCUCAACAAGCUGUCCGAGGCGAACAUCGAGUCCAUCCUCGCCGAAGUUGAGAAGCUCUUUGGCGAAUACAGCCGCAACGACGUCACCACCACGAUCACCACGCUCGUCAUCCAGAUGAUCGGGUCCAAGACCAACCUUCUGGACUCGUUUGUGGUCCUCUACGCCACUCUUGUGGGCGCCCUGCACCGCGUCAUCGGUAUUGAGUUUGGUGCCCACUUUGUCCAGACCCUCGUGCACAAGUACAACGAGCUCAUCAACGCCGCCGACAAGGAUAACGAGGAGGACGACGCCUACAAGGAGGCCCACAACCUCCUCACCCUCAUUGCCGAGCUGUACAAUGCCGGCGUGGUCGGCGCUGGUCUUGUGUACGACCUUGUGCGCGGAUUCAUUGGUGACAGCGUCAUGGCCGAGCGCAGCGUCGAGGGCCUGCUCAAGAUUCUCAAGUGCUGUGGUUCUCAGCUCCGUGCCGACGACUCGGCAUCGCUCAAGGACAUUGUCGCCCUUGUCCAGGAGCGCACUCGCGGAAAGGACAAGGAGAUGACCACCCGUGCUCGUUUCAUGGUUGAGACGCUCGUCAACCUCCAGAACGGCAAGAAGAAGGGUCUCGGUACCGAGCGCGAAGACGUUGCGCGCAUGCGCAAGUACCUCGGUGGCAUGGGCAAGAAGCGUCGUCUUCUUGCUCCUGAGCCUAUCCGAGUCAGCCUUACCGACCUUCUCAACGCCGACUCGCGCGGCAAGUGGUGGCUCGUCGGUGCUGGCUGGAGUGGUAACCCUCUCGUCGAGCGCGGCGACACCAUCACUGUCGGCAAGAAGGAGAAGAAGAAGGCCAAGACCGAGCAGGAGGACGAGGAGGUGCUUCUUGAGCUGGCCCGCAAGCAGGGUAUGAACACGGAUGUGCGCAGGAGUGUGUUUGUCACUCUUCUCACGUCCGAGGACUAUAUCCACGCUUGUGACCGUCUCAACGCCUUCCGCCUCACUCAGGUCCAGCAGCGCGAGUUUGUUCGCGUCGCCCUCCACUGCUGUGGUAUGGAGACCAACUACAACCCGUACUACACCUUGGUCCUCAACAACCUGUGCGCCAACUCGUACGACCACCGCUUCACUUUGCAGUACGCUCUGUGGGACCUGCUCCGCGAGCUCGGCGAGGGGGCUGUGACCGACUCGCGCGCCUCGCACGUUGCCCGCGCGCUCGCAUUCUGCUUUGCUCGUGGCAGUGUCGACGUGACGAUCCUCAAGGCCGCAGACUUUACCGACCUGUCCAAGCCGACGCGCAAGUUCUUUGACAACGUCGUGCGCUCGACUCUGCUCGCUAUCCAGACUCCGUCCCCACUCCUGACCCUCCCUCGAGCGUUCACGAUCGACGACACUGAUAUCGAGGCUGUCGAGGAGACGUUUGAGAAGGCCCUUGCUGCGCCCGAGCUCGCUGGCGGUCUUGCCUGGGUCAUGCAGAGCGUUAUCAAGAACCCAGGUAAGGGCGUGAACGAGCUGGAGGGCAAGGUGCUGCGGGUGUGUGGCCAGGCGGCACUGAGCGUGCUCGCCAGGGCUGUUUAG